UAUUGGUCAACACUUUGAUGUCAGACCUUUUGUCUUCAUUUUCAAUCAUGGUCCAAAAAUCGUGAGAAAUUUUAUUUUUGUUCUUUAUUUGUCACCUAAACUUAACUAGCAGUCGAGGUUAAGCCAAUCACGACAACGCUUGAAGUACUUUUAUUGUCAGAAAUCAUACAUGAUUUCAGGUAUAUAUACAUACAUACGUAUCUGAAAAUAUUCAAAUAAUGAAGCUUAUAUACAUCCACACAUUUGAAAAAUUCAGUCAUUUAAAACCCAAGCAUUGGAUAUAGAUUAUUCUAAACAUUUUUCGAAAAUGAAUUUAUUUCUCUGCUGCAACUGGAAGAUUUUCACAUUACUAAUAUUUGUCCUCAUUUCGCAAAGCAUCGCCUUCAGAAUCAACAAAGAUACGCAAACAACUCCACCAAAAUUAAUCGAAAAAGAACCAAAACCAAAAUUUAAACCCCUCAACACGCCGAACAUCCUUUGGGAGGAAUUAUUCAAAGAGAAAUUUGGAUCGUUUAUCAAAAAUUCUUCACCGACAAAUACAAUUCCAAAUUCAUCCAAAAGUUUCUAUCAGUCGCAAAUAUUUGUCACGUAUAUCGACGGCGUUUCCGCCGGAAGUUUCCAAACGGAGGAUGGUGACAGCAUAUUUUUCGAUUACAUGGACUCUUCAUCCGAUCCAGCGAAUAAUUUCACCCUUCCGAUCGUAUUUGUCGUGAUGCAAAACGUUGCGGCAGAAAAUUGCACGGUGACUAAUAGCGUGACCAUGCAUCAGAAAGGGUCACAUGGGAAUUUGCAAUGGGAAACGUCAGUUUCGUCAUCCUCAUUUGGUCAGCAGUCAUCAUCCCAAUCUCAAAGUAAUGCCGAUGAUGGUUUUCAAAAUCAAAAUCAACAACAACAAAAUGGUCACGGAUUCGGUCAGGGGAAUAAUAAUAAUAAAAGCUGGACUACAUUUGCUCCCAUGAAAAAAUUUAACACAAUUUUUCCUACCAUGAAACCCUUUGGACAAUUCCAGAAAUAAGGAGUUAUCAAUCCGUUUCAUGAACCAGAUAGAUAAACAAUCUUCCGUAUGUAUCACUCAAUUUCAUGAAAUAUUCUUUAACUAUUGGGUAAAAGAUUACAAAAUGCAAAUAAAUUCACUUUCUACAUCGCAGUUUUUGUCGCAUUUAUUUGUUCCUAUCUGUCGAUAUUUGAAGCUUGCUUUCUUUUCCAUCCCGCGCUGGUAUCCUUCCCAUACUAUUAGUAUGGUAGGGAUACGAAGCGGGAAUCAAAUUUUUGGUGAAGUAAUUCUGAGUCAGUAGUAGAAGCCGGAAUCAAUCAAUUGACUUUUGUGUAAAUACAAAUAUCUAAAACGUUCAAGCAGUAAAAUGUUCUUCAGUGAAAAAGUUAAAAUAAAUAUUAUAUAUUUACUAGAAUAAUA